AUGAAUAAUUGGUUAAUACAAAAAGAAAUAAUAGAUAAUAUAUGGUUAUUAAAACAAGAAAAGAGGGAACAAUGGGAUGGACAUAAUAGGGAUUUGAAUCAGAGUGUUGUACCACUUGGAGACCGUAUCAAAGUUUCAUUGGUUUGUUGGAAAUGGUGUUUGGAACAUCUCAGAUUAUGCAUAUCGGUUCUUGAUCAAGCUCUAUUGACUCGAUGUGAGAGAACACUUCUCGUACUCCCAAGCACUCUCCGAUCGUUACACAUCCUGUUCAAUGCACGUGUAACCUACUCUAGUCACUUUUUACACUUUCUCCAAGGUGCCUCGCGAGUAGAGUCUGUCACCAUCCUCUCGCCACUUCGACAAGACACCCGUAUCAAACGCGACAUUAUCCAAUUUGCAAGUCAAUGUCCUACCCUCACAACACUCGACUGUGACCAACUCUCAUUUAAAGAUGUCUAUCAGCUAUGUAUCACAACACCACGUAUCCGUAGUACUCGACUAUCCAUUGUCAACCAUCACUAUCGAAUCCCAUCAUCUCUCGAACCAACACCACAUUUCCCUCAUCUCCAUACACUAUCGAUUGACUCUAGGUGUAAAGACACUAUUGGGUCUCUUCAUUACCUUUUACUUCCUCUCAUGUUUCACGCACCCCUAUUGACAUCACUACAUAUCAAUCUAUACACAUCAUUCUCUACAUCUGACCACAACAACCAACACUUUUCUUCAAUGAUUACCAAUUCCUUUGUAUUAUCUAUCAUUGAUCUUUUAAAGAAUCAUUCAAAUGACCAGCAGCAGUUACAAUAUCUUACCAUUCAUUGUAAGAUUAGUCAAGGAGGUGGAGGAGAAAGUGAUAAAAAGAAACGAUUACCAUCAGUUCUCUUUUCAACUAUCAAUCAUCUCGUUGGCUGUAUAAAAGACUCUUCUAAACUAGAUUAUUUUGUUCUAUCUGGUUAUAACUGUAACUAUCCAAUUGACUACAACCAUUCAACGACUACAACAAAAUCAUCUGAUUGUAGUAUCAACUUGAAUCGUGAAAUAGAUCAUUAUAAUCAACUAUCUUUUAAUACCCUUACUAUGAAAAAGAAAGGAAUUGAAUAG